ACGCCCCAAAGUAAAAAUUCCAAACUUGGGGGUUGGGAUAAUCUCAAAUAAAAGCCGUAACGUUGGACCGGCGGGUUCUUUUCACACGGAUUGGCCCAAUCUAUCCAGCCUGGGACGUAAUUGAGCCGGAGGCAGGAGAAAGACGAUGAUCGGCAACGGGAUCGACGACGAAGACAAAUGGCUCGCCGAAGGCAUCGCCGGCAUUCAACACAACGCUUUCUACAUGCAUCGCGCAAUGGACUCCAACAAUCUUCGAGAAGCCCUAAAGUACUCGGCGCAGUUGCUGUCUGAGCUCCGAACAUCUCGGCUCUCUCCGCACAAAUACUACGAACUCUAUAUGAGAGCCUUUGAUGAAUUGCGAAGAUUGGAGAUGUUUUUCAAAGAAGAAGACAGGCAUGGUUGUUCAAUUGUUGACCUAUACGAACUCGUUCAGCACGCGGGGAAUCUUUUACCUAGACUGUAUCUUCUCUGUACAGUAGGAUCCAUAUACGUUAAAUCAAAGGAGGCUUCUGCGAAUGAUGUCCUAAAAGAUCUUGUUGAAAUGUGUCGUGGCGUUCAGCAUCCUAUACGUGGGCUCUUUCUAAGGAGUUAUCUUGCUCAAGUGACAAGAGAUAAAUUGCCCAAUAUUACUUCUGAGUAUGAAGGUGAUGCUGACACAGUCAUGGAUGCUGUAGACUUUGUACUGCAAAACUUUGGAGAGAUGAAUAAACUCUGGGUUCGGAUGCAGCCUCAGUUGAGGCCUUCAAUCGGGCUUUCUGGUCUGCAGGGACCGGGCUGGGUAAAGGAGAAACAAGACAAGGAAAGGAAGGAGCUUCGUGAUCUUGUUGGGAAGAAUUUGCAUGUUCUCAGUCAGAUAGAAGGUGUUGACCUCGAAAUGUAUAAAGAUACUGUUCUGCCCAGAGUCCUGGAGCAGAUUGUGAAUUGUAAAGAUGAACUUGCACAGUACUAUUUGAUGGACUGCAUAAUUCAGGUCUUUCCAGAUGAGUACCACCUGCAGACACUUGAGGCACUGUUAGGUGCUUGUCCCCAACUUCAGCCGAAUGUUGACAUCAAAACAGUGCUAUCACAACUAAUGGAGAGGCUGUCAAACUAUGCAGCUUCAAGUCCCGAAGUCUUACCUGAAUUUCUGCAAGUAGAAGCUUUUGCAAGAUUAAGCAGUGCGAUUGGGAAGGUUAUAGAAGCACAGGUUGACAUGCCUAUUGUUGGUGCCAUUACCUUGUAUGUCUCCCUUCUUACAUUUACUCUCCGUGUUCAUCCUGAUCGGCUUGAUUAUGUGGAUCAAGUGCUGGGAGAAUGUGUUAAGAAACUCUCUGGCAAAGCAAAGCUUGAAGAAAGUAGAGCAACAAAACAAGUUGUUGCACUUUUGAGUGCUCCACUGGAGAAGUACAAUGAUAUUGUAACCGCCUUGACUCUUUCAAAUUAUCCCCGAGUCAUGGAUUACCUUGAUAAUGGAACAAAUAAGGUCAUGGCAAUGGUUAUCAUUCAAAGCAUUAUGAAAACUAAUACUUGCAUUUCCACUGCUGAGAAGGUUGAUGUAUUGUUUGAAUUAAUCAAAGGGCUUAUAAAGGAUCUAGAUGGAACUUCUGUGGAUGAGCUUGAUGAGGAAGAUUUCAAAGAGGAACAAAAUUCUGUUGCCCGUCUUAUACACAUGCUGCAUAAUGAAGACCCAGAGGAGAUGUUAAAGAUUAUAUACACUUUGAAGAAGCAUAUUAUGGCUGGAGGUCCAAAACGCUUGCCAUUCACUAUUCCUCCUGUAGUUUUUUCCACACUUAAGUUGGUCAGACGUCUGCAUGGUCAAGAUGGUGAAGUGGUCGGGGAAGAAGUUUCUGCAACACCAAAGAAAAUUUUUCAGCUCUUAAGUCAGGUUAUCGAUGUUCUUUCAUCUGUUCAGUCACCUGAACUGGCAUUAAGGCUCUAUUUGCAGUGUGCUGAGGCUGCGAAUGAUGCUGAUCUUGAACCAGUUGCUUAUGAAUUUUUCACUCAAGCAUUUAUGUUAUAUGAAGAAGAAGUUGCGGAUUCAAAAGCCCAAGUGACUGCAAUUCACCUUAUAAUUGGAACUCUACAGAGAAUGAACAUAUUUGGUGUUGAGAAUAGGGAUACCUUGACACACAAGGCCACAGGGUAUUCAGCAAAGCUUUUAAAGAAGCCUGAUCAAUGCAGAGCUGUUUAUGCUUGUUCGCAUCUCUUUUGGAUUGAUGAUCAGGAUGGAGUCAAGGAUGGAGAAAGGGUCAUGCUUUGCUUAAAACGCUCACUAAGAAUUGCAAAUGCUGCACAACAGAUGGCUGCUGUUACACGGGGUAGCAGCGGAUCAGUUAUACUCUUUGUCGAAAUACUGAACAAGUACAUAUACUUUUUUGAGAAGGGAAACCCGCAGGUAACAAGUACUGCAAUAGAGAGCCUUAUAGAACUAAUCAGAACUGAGAAGCAAAGCGACCACAUAACCCCUGAUCCAGCUUCAGAUGCUUUCUUUGCCAGUACGUUGCGCUACAUUCAAUUUCAGAAACAGAAAGGUGGUACAAUGGGUGAAAAGUAUGCUGCCAUCAACUUGUAAUCUAUGUUUUAUUAAUGCAAAUUGGGGCGACUCAAAAAGUUUGAAGAGGUGGACUGGAGCCAAAAAGUGCAUGGGAUGGGUGUAAAAAGAGCUUUCUUUUGCCAUAUGAGGCAUAAAGAUAUGUCGUGUUCAGCCUUGGAACCAUUUUCCAGUUAGAAUUGGGGAUGUAUACUUUCCAUUGUAUUUUCUCAGCCAUAAUCAAGAAUUACGUUUUUCCAUUGUGUUAGGCCUCAUUAAGGCGUCCUCGUCGUCUGUACAACCUGCCUGGUAGUUGGAUGUUAAUAUAUAUUUACUGUACAAAUAUGGAUAUUGGUAUACCUUAA